AUGUCAGAAACCUCGACUAACUCAAGCUUUUCCGUUCUUGAUGCCGAAGAAAAACUUGAAGAACUCCGCGUAGAAUUUGACAGCUCCUCUAUGGUUUCCGAAGCAAAUACGGAUCUCGACAAGACGAUUGACGAAAAGGUGUGCGUGAGUUUAGCGAUGGUUUUGUUUGUGUUAUGUAAUUUUGAAUAAGGAAAAUAGAACUCUUGUUGCAAUUCUGCUGAACUUGUUGUAUUUUUUUUGGGUUUUGACACCAAUUUUUAUAUUGUUCUAGGCAUCUGUGGGAAAAAUUGAUGUUUUUUGUUAAUAGCCAUUACCUACUAUUUCUUAUUCGUAUGCUAUGCCUAUGCUUGAAUUUUGACGGGGUUUAGACUCUUUUCCAUUAGUGCUUAGGUGGAUUUAGGUGUUCUGUUGCUCUUUGUUGCGUUUUGCUGCAAUAUUUGCGUAACUGACUUGAGAUUUACGAUUUUUGAUCAUGUUCUGUCAUGCUUUAUCUAUUUUCAGGCAUCCUCGUCGUUGGACAUCGAUUUCUCGUCGGUUUUGACUGCUCAAGAGAAAGAAGACUUGCAAAAAUAUCCGGAGGUGAGUUUCUUAACUACUUUUUUGGUGGAAUUUUUGAUAUUUAGACGGGAAAUGCUCAACCGAUUCAUAUUCAUUUAUUUUUAGGAGAUAGCAUCGUUUAUAUGGCCGGUUUAUCAGUCUUGCUCCACUUGGAGUACCAAGUUCGGAAAUAAGGAACUGUUCCAACAACAAAUAAACUCUCAUAUAUCAUCUCGCGCCUUCACUUGGACCCUGCACUACGGAGGGCAAAUCGAGGGAUAUUUGGCAAACCUGAGGGUUCGGUAUGUGGGAAAGGCAGGAAGUUGCGAGCGAAGGUACGAAGGAGAUGCCAUGAAAAAAUGGGUCCCUAAUUUUAACGGAGAGGAGAAGAUGUUCGGCGAUAUGGAGCCCAUAUACAUCUACGUGUAUGCUAGAAUCCAGAAGUGCCCACCAGAAGUCACCCCAUGGAUUAAAGAGAUGGUUUUCGGCCAUAACUACUACAAUUUCGGCGAUGUUACAGUGAAAUGUAAGGAUGGAGAGCUGAAAGUAAGUGUUAUUUAAAAGUUUUAUUGAAUAAUGUUGACAUGUUUUUUGUCGUUCUUUUAUUUUAGGUAUCAAAAUCUGUGUUGGCUGAAUUUUUCCCUCGUUUUCGGGCCUUUUUUGUGAGAUACCCUGAAGAAAACCAGAUUUUAAUUGAGAAUUUCUGGCUUGACGGGUUCAAAAUGGCAGUGGAGUUCAUGUGGACGCGGAAGCCGUUUGAGUGGUGGACAAUUGGCGACGAAAUGAUGGAUUUGGCAGAAGUACUUGGCGCUCCGGCGUUUAUGGUAGGUUGAAAUUUUGAUAUUUUUUGUUGGUAUUUAGGCUGAUGAAACAGAAAAUUAGAUGCUAUGCAGAGAUAAGUUUCUAUUAGCAGCAUGUUUCGUCAAGGCUUUCGUGGAUUAAAGGAGUUUUUGUAUCAUUUUAGGCGGAGAUCGACCAUCAGUACACAUUUUGGGCAAAGCAAUCCAAUUUUGCGCGGAAUCUACUCAAGGCGUCAGAAAUCGGGUUGCCCGUCUUAAAGAGAGAGAUGGAGAAGCUGACCACUCUCCAUUGGGACGAGGUGUUCAAGGAAAAUGAAGAAUUCAUCAAGGAGAACAUUGAUCUUUUUCUUAACCUCAAAUUGGGCCCGAUUAUGACCGGCUAUUAA